AUAAGAAACGAGUCUUAACGGCUUCCGUAGAUGUCGCGUAAGGGUGUGACGUCAGCAUAACAACAACCUGUCAUGACAGCUCGUAUGGGAAAAAUUGAUUAAGAUUCUAUAUAAAAUAGAUAACGUCGUUUUCCCUGGAUGUAAGAUUCUCCUUCCAAGUGUGUAAGAUCCAGGAGGGACAUUUUUGAAGCUGUCAGUUUGCCAACCGAAGAGACGGGGAACAGGAUAGGGAAGCAGGGCGAGGCGGGCCCCGCGGAGCCGGUGGAGAAGAUGGCCGGAAGCCCGGAGAAGAGUUCCACCGCGCAGGAGCUGAAGGAGCAGGGGAACAGGCUGUUCCUCUGUCGCAAGUACCAGGAGGCUGCUACGUGCUACAGCAAAGCUAUUAACCGUAAUCCGUCAGUGGCCGUGUACUACACCAACAGGGCUCUCUGCCAUGUGAAGCUGCAGCAGCAUGACAAGGCUCUAGCAGACUGCAAGCAUGCGCUGGAGCUUGACAGCCAGUCAGUCAAGGCCCACUUCUUUUUGGGCCAGUGUCACUUGGAGCUGGAGAACUAUGAUGAAGCUAUCGGCAACCUGCAGAAAGCUUAUAACCUUGCAAAAGAGCAAAGGCUUAAUUUUGGAGAUGACAUCCCAAGCGCCUUGCGCAUAGCUAAGAAGAAACGCUGGAACAGCAUUGAGGAGAGACGCAUCAAUCAGGAGAAUGAGUUACAUGCUUACUUAACCAAGCUCAUACUGGCUGAAAAGGAGAGAGAGCUAGAAUCCAAAGAGAAGCAGGACGACAAUCAGAAUGGAGGCGAUGCGGCCAAGAUUGCGUCAAAACAUGAUAAGUAUUUAUUGGACAUGGAUGAACUCUUCUCUCAAGUGGAUGAGAAAAGAAAAAAGCGGGAGAUCCCAGAUUACCUGUGUGGGAAGAUCAGUUUUGAGCUGAUGAGGGAGCCGUGCAUCACACCUAGUGGAAUCACUUAUGAUCGUAAAGACAUAGAAGAGCACCUACAGCGAGUGGGUCAUUUUGACCCUGUCACCAGGAGUCCCCUGACCCAAGACCAGCUGAUCCCAAACCUAGCCAUGAAGGAAGUCAUCGAUGCCUUUAUUCAAGAGAACGGCUGGGUGGAGGACUACUAAAGGGAUUUCCACCUCAUUUCUUCAUCAUACCCCUAAACCUAACACAAAGUCCAGACGACACAAGACUUUAGAGAACAGAUCCCCCCUUGCCUGGAUAUGUACUUUACACAAACCAGAAAGCCACAGUAUGGACUACCAAAUGGGAGCCAUAUAUCUUGUUCUGCCUCUUACUCCCCACAUUUUAUCUUUGCUGUAAAUCUACUCAUUCUGACUCUCUGAGGCUCGAUAUUCAUGGGCUGCUGCUCCCUUUAAAACCCACGUUCAUUCUAAUCUUUCCGUACCUCCUCUUCCUUCCUUCUCUUCUCUGUCACGCUGUUUCUCGUCUAUAAAGUCAGACUCCUUUCUUUACACAAAAUAAGGGGCCCCGUUCUCAGGUCUCUCUGUCUCUCCCUCUCUACUCUGUGCUUCUCUUUCUCUGAGUGCCACAGUCCUUGGAAAGUGUCAGAAUUGCACGCCAGUGUUUAACAGAACCACCAUUGGUGGAAGAAUUCAUGAAACAUUGGCCUUUAUUAGGUGUUUACUCUGGUAUUCCAUACUUAUUGCAUAGUUAUUCAUUUUUUUUAGGAAUGGAGCAUUUCUCAACGUCUUAGUGUACGUUUGCUGAGGGGAUAACAAAAAUGCCAAAAUGUUAUUCACAUCUAGAGUUUGUAUGCAAGUUUGACAUGAUGCUACAUGAAAAAAAAUCUUUAAAUGUCUUAGUGAGCAUUUUAAUCUUGUGAAUGAGUUGUGAAUCAACUGAAUUGAACGGGGGGAAUCUCCAAACAUACAGUAGCUACUGACCACGUCACCAUACUGUAAGAUUUUCCUGGAAUGGCAUUUCCCCCCUUUGCAUAUCAAUCAUACCCUACUAGACAAUUAAAAUAAGUUGAAUGUAUGCAUAAUGUAUUUUUUAGGUUCAGGCUCGACCUACAGUAAUUCAGUGUUUUUAUUAGAGUAAUGUAAGGUUUCCAAAAGAGCUUGCGCUAGGAAACCUGGAGCAGCCCUUAUCUUAAACCAGUGGAAAGGUGGGCUGCAUCCAGGAGGUUUUCAUAUUGCUGGACUAAAUAUGACGUCAGCUGUUGAGCGUGAUGUAACGUCUUCUCUGAAGAAUGGUCUGUGCUGUCUGUGUUGUUCGUAGAAACGAAAAAAAAAAUGUUUGGCUUGUGCUGUUUGCCUGGAAUGACGGUGGACGAUCACAUCGAACUUGAAGCAAAUGUUUAUUUCCUUUGCAAAGGCACGAAUGUGGUUGUCAUUUUGGUCACGUCGGUGCUGUCUGUUCCUCACGGCGUCUGAGGGGAACGGCCACGACCGCUUAUGUAAAACAAUCCACAUGAAAGAGUUUGGGAAGAUCCGUGUUUAGGAUUUGCUAGCAUCACUACAGAAACAUCCAUUGUGCUGUCAAUGCUGGAAGGUCUCUGACCGUCACGCCUCAUCAGUACCUCAUUCCAGGGUCUUUAUAUGCUGGUUCACUAGCAUUCUCCGUUACCAUGUUCAGUUCAGUGAUGUUAGUUUACAGGCUUUUCUGCUGGAUGUGUGUCUGUGGUGAAUUAGGCCUGUCUGCGUUGUCAGGCAGUGUAAAUAAUUUGCUUGUGUAUCUCCAAUUUUAUUUCUUGACGAAAAGUGGUUCUUUUUUUUUUCUGGAGAAGCCCCAGAACUUGAGAAACUGUAUUAAAUGUAGAUAUGUUGAUAACAUAAAUGCCUGGUUUGGUUCAUUUGUCCCCAUUAAACCGUGUACUUUC